GUCGUGGAUGGAUCCUAGCAAAUGGAUCUUGUUGUAAAAUAUGUGCCGAAUUUAAUGAUAAGUGGGUUUUAGUUUUGAAAUCAUUGUCCGAUUAGGUAUAUACGGUAUUAGUGGUACUACAGGGGAAAUUUCAUGAUGGCGAGUGGUGAGCCGCCAUCCCUUCCGGUUGGAACAGAUGUUAGUGCUAAAUACAGAGGGGCUUUUUGUGAAGCGAAGGUCAAGAAGGUGGUGAAACAAGUGAAAUGCAAGGCAGUUAUAAAGCAUACCAGUCAAGUGUUGGACAUAACUGAUGAACAUGUGAAGACAGGUCCAGUGAGGGUCGGUGCUGUGGUAGAAGUUCGCCAGGACAAUGGACAGCUCAUUGAAGUAACCAUUAACAAAGUUGUGGAUGCAAGCAUGUACACCGUUGUUUUUGAUGAUGGUGAUGAGCGGACUCUUCGACGUACCCAGCUGUGCCUGAAGGGUAAGAAGCAUUUUGUGGAAAGUGAGACGCUGGACCAACUUCCUUUGACUCACCCGGAGCACUUCGGUACUCCUGUCAUGCAACAGGGAAAGAAGGGUUACAAACGAGGCAGAGGCAGUCUCUCAGGUGAUGACAGUUCCGACAUCGACAGUGAUAGUUCAGAUGACAUGUCAACUACAAAGAAAAGAACAUAUGUUGGGCGACUGCAAGAUUGCAUUGGCAAGAUUGUUUGUGUUGAGACCUCCGACAAAAGAAAGGGUGGCUGGUUUCCUGCAUUAGUGGUUUUACCCUCUGCAGCUGAUGUGCCUCUCAAGACUAAGGGACAUGUAGUUGUCCGUUCAUUCAGGGACAACAGAUUUCUUGCUGUAUUGAAGAAAGAAACAAAAGAAUUCACACGAGAGCUGGCUCUUAAAAAUGAUGAGAAGGCACUGAAGUCUGCUAUUGAAAAAGCAUUGUUGUAUGUGGACAAUCACGAAUUGCCACUUUCAUGGAAGAAAGAAGAGCUACUUGGUACGGAUGCUGAGAGUGGCGACUCUGAUGGUGAUACGUCAGAUGAUGAGCCGAGUGAAGAGAAGGAUCGAUUCGUCGCGCAACUUUACAAAUUCAUGGAUGAUAGAGGUACCCCAAUCAACAAAGCUCCCAUCGUUGGCAUGAAGGAUCUGAAUCUGUACAGACUUUUCCGAGUGGUGCGGAAUAUUGGUGGUUACAAUCGAGUCACAAAUCAAAUGAAAUGGCGCCUAGUCUGGUCAAAGAUGGGUCUUCCUGCCAGCAACACAGCCUCAACUCAAAUCAAAACAGCUUACAAGAAGUACCUGCAUGCAUUUGAAGACUUCUAUCGCAAGUUGGGGAGUUCCAUGGGGACUAGUAGUCGCCCGAGUCGCAGUCGCCACAGCUCAGGGAGGAGUCUGUUGUCAUUCCGAGAAAGAGAUAAAGAGUCUCCGCGGUCACCCAAGACUGAACGCAAGUUCACUGCCACCAGUAUAAGAGAAGAAAAGGCAAAAGAGGAGGAAGACGAUGAUGCAAGGUCAACAAAGUCAGAUACAAGGUCAACAAAGUCGGAUACAAAGUCGCCCACUAAAGAUCAGACUGGUGGAAAGAUUCCCCGUGAGAAGGCUGUCACAAGAUCUGAUGAGAAGAAGAUCAAAGAUGUUAAAGUUACAGAUGAUAAGGAGAAGAAAUCUGCAGAUAAGGGAGCCCAGAAAAUGAUGAAACCACCAUCCAUGAAGACUGAUAAAACUAUGACAAAGACUGAGGAAAAGAAAGGGUCUAUUUCAAAGACUGAUGAAAAGAAAGGACCCGCUGCCAAAAUUGAGGAGAAAAAAGGUGCUGCUUCGAAGUCUGAGGAAAAGAAGAUGCCCAAUGCCAAGGCUGAUGAAAAGAAAGUGUCAGCUUCGAAGGUCGAGGAAAAGAGAGGACCCAGAGAGUUCACUCGGAGUGCAUCAAGGACUGAAGAAAGGAAAGCCAAGGAGGGAACAAAUGUGGAGGAGGUGCACUGUAGCCCUAAGAAGGCUUUGAAAGGUCGUGUUGGCGAUGAAAAGAAGGGGGCUGCAUUGAAGGGAGGGAAGGCGGAGGUCAAGAAGGAGGAGUCGAAGAAACCUGAGAAGAAAUGUGACGAAGGAAAAGGAAAGAAAGGGAAAGUAAAUAAGAAGGAAGACGAGACUGAGAAAACAGUCACCAAGGCUAAGAAGGACGAGGAUUUGAAGAGGGGCAAAAAUGCUGAAAAGGAAGAUAAUGUGAAAAAAGGAAAGAAGGUUGAGAGGGAUGAGGGGAAGGGGAAGACAGUUGAAUUAGAAAAAGAAGAGCCAAAAGGAAAGAAGGUUGAAAAGGUUGACACUCCGGUAAAGAAGGGCAAAAAGGAUGAAGUAAGAGCAAGGAAGUUGGAGAUGGAAAUAGACAGAAGUAAAGAGGAGGCCGAAAAGGUUACCCCUGUCAAAGGAAAGAAACCUGAAGAGAAGAAAACUGAAAAAUUGAAAGCUGGGGAUAAAGUGCAAAAAAAUGUUGUGGCAAGAACUGCAAAGAAUAAUGAUGAGGAGGAAACAAAGGAGGCUGAUGCCAAGUCUGAGGAUGAGGAGUCCAAGGAUGAAGCCAGGAAGAGACCGGCAAGAAAGAAAUCUGCUGCUCAGAAGGAAUGGCCGCCAGUUGAUACUGGAUCGGUAGCUAAGAAGGCAAAGGAGAAGCUAGAUGAGGAACAAGAAUCAAAUAUUGAUGUAAAACCAAUCAUGAAGUCCAAAAAAACAAAGUCCAAGUCUGGUGAAUCAGAGGAUGGUGAUGCUGAUGAUGGCCAUGAAACGGAUGGAUCAGGCAAACCUGGCCGAUCCAUGUACCCUGUUGGCACCAAGUUGAAAGUGAAAUAUGGCAGGGGACGCAAUCAUAAAGUCUAUGAGGCAAAGGUUGUGGAGUCCGAAGAAGAGCAUGGAACCAUGAGUUACCUUGUUCACUACAAUGGCUGGAAUACAAGGUACGAUGAGUGGAUCAGAAAAGAUAGAAUUGUCAGUCGUGUUGGACCUGCAGUUGAGCCUACAACUGAAGCGGGCCUGAAAUCCAUCAAAGCAAGGAGCCAGUCACCGAAAACUUUAUUAAAUAAGGGAAUCAAGAGGACUGGUCCAAUGCAUGGCCCAUCCCCAGUAAUACGUGCUCAGAGUCAAGACAGUAAAGUGCGUAAGCCUCGGUCCCCACGCAUGCGCCCAACAAGAUCAAAUAGCUCGGAGAUGCCAUUCCCCAUUGGAUUACCACCGAAGAGUAGACGAACAAGACGAAUGUCUGGUCACACCGAAUCAUCCGAUUUGACAUCACAUGUGUCUGACAGUGGUAGUGAUGAUGAUGAAACAAUAGAUGGCCAGGACGAGAUAGAGGUAGAUGAGGAGGAGGAUAAUUUGUCCAAAGAUGAUGUUGAGAUGAAGGAGGAGGUUCCUGUCGAUGAUGUUAAACCUGCACCUCAGGAGGAAGAGAAGCCAGCAAAACAAACAGAGAAAGAAACCACAGAACAAAAAGAGAGUUUGCCAGAAGGAAGCGAUGAAGACUCAAACGAUAUCAGAUCUGAACAGAUGGAGCUUGGGAAUACGUUAGAUGAGAUCAUCAACCGUAUUGGAGAUGGGGAAGAAGACACAGAGAAAAAGACAGAAAAGAAAACUAUUGAUGUGAAAACGGAGUUACCGGCAGUACAGGAAUCUACUUCAGAAGCUCAAGUAGUUCCUGAAGAGAAAACACAGGCUUUGGAAAUUAAGAAAGAAGUAGAAGAGGAGAAAGUUGAAGAAAAGAAAUCGGGGGCCGAAACUGUGCCGAGUGGGGAAAUUGACCUUGACUUGUUGUGUCCUGAGCGUUUGGAACCUCUGGUCGAUAUAAGGAAAGAUUCUGUUGUACCAAUUGAGAAGGAUGCAGGUGUCGGUAUUGAGGGUCCAAGUGUACUGACGGGAGAUGCAGUUGCUGUUAAAGAAGAGGCAUCAGUGUGUAGUACAACCUCUCAGGACCCACUAACUGUUGAUAAGUUGGAACUGGAGGAGGUGAAGAAGGAUGGAAAGAAGAAGAAGAGGUCUAAGGAUGAAGGAAGUGGAGCAGAGGAACAUGAAAAACACGAGAAGAAAAAGGGUAAGAAGAAACGCCACCUUUCCAAGGAGUCUCACAAGGAUGAUGACGAUGAGCAGGAUGAUGGUGUUGUUGAGAAGAAGAAGAAGAGGAAGAAGAAGGAUUCUGGAGAUGCUGAAGCACAUGGUGAAAAGUGCAAGAAGAAAAUGCGGAAAAAGAAGAAAGACUAUGACGAUGAUUCGGAUGCUACACAAAGUGAUUUUGCAGAUAUUGCCAAAGAGAUGUUGAAACUGAAAGACGAGAAGGUUCAUUUCCCAGUUGAUAGUGGUGCUAAGGGACAGUAUUCUGUUAGUGCCAUGUUUAGUGGUGGUGUGUUAGGUGCGAGGUCACCGCAGCCAUCUCACAGUGGUGCCAAUUUGUUGCAUGAUCUUGCGUCGGCGUGUGAAAAAGCAGCCCAGCCUCGUGCAAUGUCCUCAGCUGUUCUGGAUAAUACUCCGCCAACAACCCCAGAAGGAUCUCCCACAGGUGCUGGCUCAAGUGCUUCGAAUAUUUCACCCUGUAACGAAGAGGUACAAAGUACCAAAUCGGAACAUGAGGCGAAUAUUGAAGUUGCGCGUUACAUGACAGGUGAAGGACACUUAAUAGUAGGAGGCGAGUCUCCUAAUCCGUGUGAUACGAGUAUUGUCUCCAACUGCAGUGGAGGCAGUAGCGGUAAUGUUCCAAGUUCUGAGAGUGGAACGGAGAUUGGUACAAAGAGAAAGCUUGAGGAAGAGGAAGAGGGAGUGGUCCACAAGAAGAAACGCAGAAGUCGAAAAGGGAAGUUGACGGCUGAAAAGAAACAUCACUCUAGUAAACAUCAUCAUGCGAGUGAUAGUGAUGAAUUGCCAGAAGGUGCCAUGGGAAGUCCCCUCCAUAGUCAAGACAGUUCCCUCGGUUCUCCUGCCAAGAAAGUAGAACCAAGAUCUCCAAGACCUUCAAAAUACAAUUUCUAUCUCGACGAAUCUGAAGACAUUGAGAGAGACAAGAAGAUCGAAAUUCUGCAAGAUCGAAUUGGUGAGAUUCGAAAGAUCUACAUGCAGCUGAAGGCCGAGGUAGCUCUGAUUGACCGCAGACGGAAGCGUGCCCGAAGGAAGGAGCGAGAGGCAGGUAAGCUUGCUGCUGCUGCUGCCCAACAAGCCAAACAAAUACAUCCGAUGGAGUCCUCGCCAGUGUGUUCAUGACUGACAUAGCAAGACAAUUUAAUGUUGAAACAGUUUAAUGUUGUUCGGUACCAGUUUGCUUGUUUUUCCUCUGAUAUGACCUUCCUGUACUGUGAAUAUUGUAAAUGUACUGUUAUCGGCCAGUAGAGGGGUAUAGCCUAGGAAUCUGUUGGUUUCAAAUGUAUAAUCUUAAUGAGCAUGAAGUAUAGUUUAAAUUGAUGUGUACAUAUAGGUGUUAACAUGAUUGACCGCCCAUGAAGAUUGUUGCAAUAGAUAAGAAAUGGAAUGUGGAAAUUUGAUUUUCAGAAAAUUGACAUUUCUGACUUGUAUAAUUUGAUUUGAUUCAGGAAAUCUGUGGAACAUGUAUGUUGCAUCGAUGUUUAUUGGCGGCCUCAUGUGGUGCUUUGGUGUGACAAGCAUGCUAUUUCAUCAUUCCAGCUUUACAAAAUGCUCAAAACCACCCCAUAGACAGUGUCAUGUCCAAACAGUUCACUGUAUGAAAAUGUUCACAAUGGAUUUACAUGUAUGGAGUGUAUUUGUGCUGGCUCAAGUCAAUUCAGGUGUUUGUGUUGCUAUGUCUCUUUAUAUUCGGAUGAUAAUUAGUUGUGCUUUUGAUGUUUCUCUCUUAAAUCAUGUUGGGGUUAUUUGAUUUAAACAGGUGUCUACUGAAAAAUUGGUUCCGUUUAUCAAAGGUAAAUAAUUUGAUAUUGACUAUUAAUAUAUUAUGUAAUUUAUUAAGUUACCCAGAAAUGUUGCAACUGUGGUUGUAAAGAAUCUGACAUUGUGUCACUUUAUUUGUUUAUUUAAACAUAAUAUUAUUAAAUAGCAAGAACAAGAUAAAGAAUGACUUUAUUAGUUCUUGCUGAAAGUCAUUCUUUGAGAGAAAUAGCCAGCCUGUAAAUGCAUGCCAGCACUAAUAAAUUGAUAAUUUGAUUAAUAUUUUAAUAAUAUGCAUUGAAUAUGAACUGCUGUUGCCAUUGUUGAUACAGAAUGAUGUAAAUUAUAGGUAUAUAUUUGUUGGUAUGUUAAGAAGUAUAAUUGUACAUAUUCUGGCAUAACAGCACUGUAGGAAGAAUAUACGAUUGAAUGUAUAAUUUGCUUGUAAUAAGUAUCUGGUACAUAGACGCUGUUCUAUUGGGGUUAUUUUGGUUAUAAAGUGGAUAUUUAUAUUGUACACUAUUUGGCGUACUGGACCUUGUCCAUGUAUUUUGGCAAGGUUUUAGUGCGGUCACUAGUCAGUAGUAUUGUGUAUGAAAGAUGCUCAUAUUUUACAAUGUACAGAGAGAGGAAUUGGUGUCUAUCGGGUCUUAGUAUUCUGCCAUGAAACGUCUUACUUGCCACAUGAACUGAUGCAAAUUUCUCUACAUACAUAAAUAGCAAAAGCAGGCAGAUUUUCCCAUGAAAUGUGGAAUGACUACAUGUACACAUGUAUGUCAACCAGACAUAAAAUAUUUGGAAACGUUGGAUAUCAAUAAGGUUCUUCUCUCGUAUUGAGUAAGAAAUAAUGAAGCCAAGAGGUUGCCUAGGUCAUUUUGAAGGGGAAUUUACUAACCAAGAAACAAAACCACUUUUCAUGAUGGCAUUUACUUUGCAUAAAAGGUUGAGUUGUAUACAUAUAGUUCGUCUAUAUGCAAUUUUGUGUGUAAUGUUAACAGUGGAAACAGGAUAUGCAAAUCUUGUAUGAUGCAUAUCAUUCUCCCAGAUGAUUAUGUAUAGAAGUGAUUCAGCAAUAAGAGUAUGAACGGAGGCAUAGAUAUUUAUUUUGAAUAUUUUUAUACAUGUACAUGAAAUGUAAAGCUAAAUCUGUACAAAAGAAGAAUAUCCCUUGCCGACGUUGCAUGCAAAAGCCUUUGUAAAUGAACUAAAGUGUAUGGAUUGUAUGUGUGAACACAUUGCAUGUCUUAUUUAGUGACCUAUUUGCUGAGCACUACCAUUAUGAAACUAGUACAUGUUGUAUAGUAUUAUGACCUUUUUAGGACUGACGCUGGUGAAGAAAUUUAUGGAGCUGUCUUUUAUUUCAAAUGUUUGGUAAUUUGAGAUGCAAUGUAUCAGUUAUUGCACUAGUGAGAAAUGUUGAUCAGUUUUGAUGUGUGUGAAACAUGUGGGAGAAAUUCAUUGAGAUUUCACCAAAAAAUCAUGUGCAUUCUGCCUUGUUGGUGAAAAAUGAUGCUGUGAUGGAAUUGUGCCACAAUUUUAGUGUGAUUCAUGCUCCACGUAAAAUAUUCAGUAUUUCUUAACUCUGCGUCUGAUGCAUUGCGAGGUUUAUGAUGAGUCGUCAUAGAAUUUGAAUGGAUUAUUGUCUUUUUACAUUCCUUGUCACUGCCUUCAGUCCUGAAGAGGUGUUUUGGAGUUGAGAGUGAUAUUGAGGUUGUUUCAAUAAUACACUUUGUUUCAUAAAACCUGAUAAUAUUCCACAAUGAAUUUUAUUUGCACACUAUUGUGAAAGUAUUUUGCACAAGAAAAUCAACUUGGUUCGACUUAAUAAAAGUGCCCGAGCCAUGUCUUUUGAAUAUUGUACAUUGUAUUGUAUGUAUAUCAUUGUGUAUAUUUCUGAUGAAUAACUGCAUUUUAUUGACUGUGUGUAAGGUGUACAUGUAGUCAUGUCGUUAUCCUUGUGACCUGCACUGUGUGACAGUCACAAUGGGGGGAAACUGUCAUCUAUUCACUUGAACAUUCCUUUGCUUAAUGUAUGUAGUAUUCACUGCACAGAGCAGUUGUGCUGAAAUCCCUUUCAGUGCAUAGAUGACAGUUCAGUUUUGAAUGCCAAAUUACCGUUUUUCAAAACGUAAAAAUUUUUGAAAGUUUGCUUUCCAAAAUUUCUGAUUAUGAGGCUGGGGUUGGGUGGUUUGCUGCAUGUAGUUGUUAAGUUCCAUUUUGAUUAAUUGUACUGGAGUAUGAGAUUUUGGACAGUACUACAGUAGCUAAUCAUGUGUCAUGUUGGUUAAUGUCUGUAGAUUUUACGCAUGUCACUCCGUACAUGUAAAUUUGUCAAAGGUAUGUGAUUUAGUAAUGUGAGGUUAGAAGAGUAGAAAAUGGAAUUGUGUGGCUAAAAAAUACCACCAACUUUUUGAAUGAAUUGACAUUUUGACUUUCAAAAGUGAACUCGUUUCGAUCACUAUGUAAUCUUAACCCUUCAGAAUUGAAUAUAGACCUUCUGUCAAAUUAUCGUUUGACCAAUAUUUUCAAUUGGAUCUCAUUUCUCCUGUGUAUUACUAUGUGGUUGAAGCUCAUUGCGUGAUUUAUACAUGUAUGUAUAUACUUCUUUACCUCAAACUGCAUGUCUCGUAGCAUAAUGUUUGUGCAUAUGGGGGUCCCCUGGAUUCAACCUUAAUCUAAAUAUCACCAAGGUCAGGUCCUGUUAUUUUCUAGAGAACCCCCUCAGUAGAUAAGUUUUAUUAUUGGAACAUCAGGAGAGACAAAUAAUACAGCUUGUUGUCCUAUGCAAAUAGGUAUUACAAUAAUUCUGACAGAAAAUACUGUCACACCUUUAGGUGCAAUCCAGAACUACAUGUAAACAAUCCUUAUCUGCAGAAAAAGAUCUCUAACAUUUUUAUCAUUUCCUUGUUAUAUUGAAGUAUUCCUCGAUGAGUUAAACAAUUUGAAGCAUGUAUUUUGUGUUAAAAAUUUAUCAACAGUGAGGCAGUGGGACCGAUAGCCAAUGCAUGGAAGUUGAUUUAUCUUAUAGAGCCCCUGUUGUCUGAAAUCAGAUGAGGAUUUUGAUACAACUGGUCAGUUAAUCUGUGUCCAUGCGCACAAUAUACCAUGUAAAGGGUUUGCGUAAUAAUUGUUCUUCCUGAAAGGCAGGCACACAAGGCUUGAGGUGUAGUUCUUGACCUGUGCCUGGUGCUAAGGUUAGGUUUGUGAUACAUCAGUGCCUUGUAAUUUUGGGAUCAUGUGACGUGGGGUUGGAGUAUGUCCUAGGAUAAUAAUGGGUAGAGCUUCUAAGAUUCUGUGUUCUGUGUUAGAUUGAUGAUGAAAACAAUGAAAGGCACUGGAAAUUUGUCCGAAAUGCAGUCAACUUGAUAAUGGUGAUGUGUUGACCUUAAUCAGAUGACGAUUACAAAUGUAAAUCUCAUUGAUAUGGUGGGAGGUCUCUUGCUGCAUGUUAAAAUUAAUUUUAAUGGGAUGAAAUAUUUGAUUACAAGCGGAGACAUUAGUAUGAUCAAUUGGUAUGAUAUGAUGUAAAAUCCAUCCGGAUGUGAAAGUUUGGGGAGGAAGUGUCUGCAGUGUUAUGUUGUUGUCUGUUAUGAAUAAUGAACUAAUGAGAAGUUGACAUUUCACCUAUUAAACUGUACUCUUUGAGAUUUUAUAUCACAAGUUGAGCCCAAUGUUUUGAACAUAAUGAAAUUCAGUUGCACAUUUUCUUCACCUUAGCCAAGAAAAACCUUCCAUGACUUACUUUGUGUAAUGCGCUUAGUAUAAAGUUAUACUAUGGUUUUUAUGUCUAUUUUUUCCCCAGUGUUUGUGUUACAUUAUUUAUUCAACUGUGUUUAGAAUACUGGUAUUUUUCCAACUUGCCCAUGAUGUUGUGCCAUGUGAGUGUACAUGUAGUUGGGUUAAAUUGCAAUACAUUUUUGAGAAAGAAGUUUUAAGAUAAAAAUACAAUGGAGAAAAAAAAUGUAAAUCUGAAAAUAACAUGAAAGUAACUUUAAGUAAACAAAGUGCUUGUAUCAAUGCAUUUCUCAAACUAAGUGGGUCAAGAAAUAUUCGGACAGUUGUUCUACUGAAGCCAUUCUUGUUAAGGGUCAGUGGACCUUAGUAAGUGUCAAUAAGAAGGAAUCCCAAUAAAAGCCCUGUUCAGUUCUGGUCGCAGAAAUGUAUCUUUCAAGACCAAUUGUCCUCAGCACUUUAGAAAAGAUUUUGUGAUUUGUUGAGUAAGUGAAGCAGUGAGGUUUAAUGCUGGGAGCAUGCAGAGGUAAAUGUGUGUAAAAUCAUGUUGCAGAGGUCUUUAAAAUCAUACUACAUGUAUAUCAAUAGAAGAACAAACGUUUUGUUUUGCUGGUGUCUGUGGCAUUGUUUCAUUUAAGUCGUGUACACGGCAAUGCCAUAGUGAAGUGGUAAAAAAAGGAUUUUGAAAGCCUCUGCAAGAUUACUUUCAUAGAGAUAAGUUUCUGUCUCCUUGAAAUGUGAAAGUACUGUAUAUCUUUGAUUUUGAAACCUGCAGUAAUUUGCUUUAAAUAAGGAUGGACAUACAUUGUAAGCCUCAUUACUCGUGUUUGGAUUUCAUAGUGUAUUUCCUUAAUUUAUUAUUCCUCCCAGUAUAAAACAUGUAUUUUACAGUAAAA